GUUUUUUAAAAUAAAUAAAAUAACGUGACCCUUUGUUUUCAUCGAUGAAUGAAUAAACAAAAGCUUGAAGAAAAAAAUCCUGAAUUUAGAAUUACUCGCUGGCGGAAUCAGAUCGAACCACAUCGAAGAAAAAAAAAAGAAAAAAAAAAGAAGGCAUUGUUGGUUGUCAGUGAUUCCAUUAACAGGGGAGCUCUGUUUCUGAAUCGAAUUUCAGAAAAAAAAAAUGGGGAGCUUGGGGACGUUUCUGAGAUACCCUGAUGAUAUAUAUCCGCUCUUGAAGAUGAAACGAGCGAUGGAGAAAGCAGAGAAGCAGAUCCCACCUGAGCCUCACUGGGCUUUCUGCUACUCUAUGCUCCACAAGGUCUCUCGAAGCUUCUCUCUCGUUAUUCAGCAACUUGGCACCCAGCUUCGUAACGCUGUGUGUGUGUUCUACUUGGUUCUUCGAGCUCUUGAUACUGUUGAGGAUGACACUAGCAUACCAACUGAUGAAAAGCUGCCCAUCCUGAUAGCCUUCCACCGCCACAUAUAUGAUAUUGACUGGCACUAUUCAUGUGGUACGAAGGAGUACAAGGUUCUAAUGGACCAAUUUCACUAUGUUUCUGCAGCUUUUGUGGAACUUGAAAAAGGGUAUCAAGAGGCUAUUGAGGAAAUAACUAAAAGAAUGGGUGCAGGAAUGGCCAAGUUUAUCUGCCAGGAGGUAGAGACUGUUGAUGACUAUGAUGAGUACUGCCACUAUGUUGCUGGACUUGUGGGUUUAGGUCUGUCUAAACUCUUCCUAGCUUCCGGAUCAGAAGUUUUGACCCCAGACUGGGAGCAUAUCUCCAACUCUAUGGGUUUAUUUCUUCAGAAAACAAACAUUAUAAGAGAUUAUCUUGAGGACAUUAAUGAAAUACCAAAGUCCCGCAUGUUUUGGCCUCGCAAGAUAUGGGGCAAAUAUGCUGCCAAGCUCGAGGACUUAAAGUACGAGAAGAACUCAAAUAGUUCAGUGCAGUGCUUGAAUGAAAUGGUCAGUAAUGCUUUGACGCAUAUCGAAGAUUGCCUGAAAUUCAUGGCUUCGUUGCGUGAUCCUUCCAUAUUUCGGUUC